AUGACCCAGGAAAACCACAUACUGUUACAGCUCAAAGGAGCCUUCCAGAAGGUCACGGAGGAGGCUGGUGCCAUGACGUGUUCAGAUCAUGAGGCCUGGGCUGAGCAGGGACCACUGCAAGCGACGGGUGAGAAGGCCAAGUUGACUCCCAGCGGCUAUGGCCACUGGAUGGCUCAUCAGACGCUUUCGUAUCAACCAACGGGGCUUCGAGUGAUCUGUCCCGUGAAGCAGGCCCCGCCUUCCGUGCCUCGGAGCGACCAGAAGGAGAAGGCCCGGCUGGGCGAGUGGAGCGUUCCAGGGCGUUCCUUCGGCACAAGGAGAUUCUUACCUGAUCAGUUCUUCCAAACGUCUCUAAAAGAAGCCAUGGGAGCCUGUCGUUUCCAGGUUUUACUGUUCCUCUUUCUCCUAGGAGCUCCGACCUUGAUCUUGGCACAAAAACUGCGUUGUCAAAAGAGUACAUUCGUGGGUUUAGAAGCGGAUCCAGUAGAGACAUUUAACUGGACCACAGACAAAGUUGAGACUUGUGACAAUGGGGCAUUGUGCCAGGAAACCGUGCUGAUGAUUAAAGCUGCAGGGACCAAGACAGCAAUUUUGGCCACUAAGAGCUGCAGCUCAGACGGGGCACCGGCAAUAACGUUUAUCCAGCACACGCCAGCCCCUGGCCUAGUCGCAAUCUCCUACAGUAACUACUGUGAAGAUUCCUUCUGCAACAACAAAGAGGACUUAUAUGAGUUAUGGAGGACAGAAGAGAUUGAUGCUCCCAGAGAGUCAACAGCCCUCCGCUGCCCAACCUGUCUGGCUUUGGGGUCCUGUUUGAAUGCUCCUUCUCUUCCCUGCCCCAACGAUACAAAUCGAUGCUAUCAAGGAAAACUUCAGGUCACUGGAGGAGACCUCAGCGCACCUUUGGAGAUCAAAGGCUGUACAUCCGCAGAUGGUUGCAGGCUGAUGUCUGGGAUCUUUACAAUAGGGCCCCUGUGGGUGAAGGAAACGUGUCCACUCAGGUCUGUCUCUCCCCGAAAGGUUGAAAGUGGGGCCACAUGGCUUCACACUUCAGCUUGGAGGUUAGAGCUACUGCUGCCGCUGUUGCUGCAACCGCUUGUCCGUUGA